AUGCCUAACAGAGGUCCCACCCUGAUCAACCUCCCUCCCCCUCCCUCAGAUCCUGCCACGCCCAGCGAAAUGGGUCCCGGCACCCCCAACUCCACCACCACAUCCCUUUCGGCGUUGUCUGUCGUCGCCAUCAAAGACGGCGCAAUGGGUCAUGGCGGCAGAGGAGCAGCCGCCUCUGCAAAUACUCUUGAAGCCGAACGAGCCGACCGCAUCUCCCGCCUUGCAGGCCUCGAGAGAGUUGCGACUUCUCGACCUACGCCGCUAGGACACCUUGCACCAGGCUCCGGCCCCUUUCAUGGUCAAGCUUUUGAUAAUGCACCUCAAUUUAAAGAACGAAGCACUGUUGGGAGCGCCAGCGCAACAGGUAGCGUGGGCGGCCGAACUACCUGGGCGAGCGGCAGUGUAGACUACGAUGCGGAUAAGAUGAGCGAGGAUCCUGAUGAUGGGGUCUCGAGCACAGGCGGAUUCAGUGACGAGGACAAGGCGAGUUUGGUCGGGUUUGGCGAAGGGGCAGGUAGCACAGUCAGCGGCCCCGUCUCCACUCCGUACAAUACUCGCGCUUCUAUUUCUCGACAAAGCACCAACGUGAACGCGCCUUCGACCCCACGAACCGGGAAUUUGCCAAUGUUUGGCUCUGGACAAAGCACGCCCAUGAGUGGCAUUACCCCCAGUGCUGCUGCAGGAAGCACCGAUCCUAAGAUGAUGGAUGGGAUGAGUUACGACCAAAAUUUCCUCGACACGACGAUGCAGCCAGCUCCACCGGUCGACGAGCCCUCAACGCAUCCUCACGCUGAUCAAUUUUCGGGCAUGGGUACUGAAAUGGCAGAGGCAGUCAUGCGAGAUCGACUAAGAGAUCUGGAGCAGGCGCAACAGUCGAUGCAUCCGGGAGACGGGCAGACCUUGGGCAGAUUCCCCUUUGAGAAGGAAUAA